UCAUAAUAUAGAAAAAAGCUCUGAGGUGAGAGAAGUGCUUUUGUAAGUCUGCUUUACUGUGUUGUUUUGUGUCGUGUGGUCUUGUAGUACGGCAAACCUGGCUCUCCAACGAGUCGUUCGCUACCCUGGCCUCCUCUGAAGACGAACAGAAAGGUGGACUGUCUCCACCACCACAAAAAAGGGCGCGCCUUUCCUUCGGUCUCGAGUCCGAUAUGCACAGAUCGAAACGGACUUCAGCAAGGGAGGAUGGAGAAGCAAGCACUUCUAAUGGAGAGCACAUAUCAAACGGCGAUAGCAAAGCCCCCCUCAAGCGUAAACUACUAACUAGAGUCGACGAAGACGUGGUUCGUCUGGUCGGCCAGCAUCUUCAAGGCCUGGGAUUGGAUCAAUCAGUAGAUGUUCUUAUGAGGGAAUCUGGCUGUAGGUUAGAACAUCCAUCGGCUGCUAAAUUUCGGCAAAGUGUAAUGGCUGGCGAUUGGGAAAAGGCUGAUUGUAUCCUAAAAGAGCUUAAAUUACUUGUCGAAAACCACGAAGAUAUAUCGAAAAUGAGAUUUUGUUUAUUAGAACAGAAAUUCCUCGAGUUUCUAGAAGAUAAUCGCCCAUUCGAUGCUCUGCAUUGCCUAAGAACUGAACUUACCCCUCUAAAAUAUAACCGAGAAAGACUCCAUCAACUUAGCGGAUUAAUCAUGUGCACGAAUCAUGAGGAACUACAUAAACGGGCUUGUUGGGAAGGCAAAGGAUUUAAAUCUAGACAAAUUCUCAUGGACAAAUUACAAUCAUUUCUACCUGCAUCUGUAAUGCUUCCUCCACAAAGAUUAAAGGCACUACUGUCACAGGCUGUUGAGCUACAAAAAGAAAAGUGUCCAUUCCAUAAUACAAAUAUAGAUGCAGGAAUGCAUUCCUUCUCAUUACUGAGUGACCAUCAGUGUACGAGAAAACAAUUUCCUUGUGAAAUCAAGUACACAUUAACAGAGCACUGUGACGAGGUUUGGUUUGCUAAAUUUUCACAUGAUGGUAGAAGGUUGGCUACUGGGGCCAAAGAUGGAAAUAUCAUAAUUUGGGAAGUCGUGGGAAUGGAACCAAAGCUCCUACGAACCUUAGAAGGUCAUUCAUACGGUGUUGCGUUUCUGGCUUGGAGUCCAGACGAUGUGUAUGUUAUAGCGUGUGGCCCAGAGGAUUGCUCUGAGCUUUGGAUAUGGAAUGUUGAGACUGGAGACCUUAAGUGUCGCAUGAGUCAGUCCCCAGACGACAGCCUGACUUGCUGUGCUUGGAAUCCAGAUGGAAAACGCUUCUACACCGGUGGUACAAGGGGACAAUUCUACCAAUGUGAUUUAGAUGGAAAUGUGCUGGAUUCCUGGGAAGGAGUCCGGGUAAACGCUUUGUACUGUUUAGAUGAUGGCAAAACAGUGCUUGCAGCGGACACACACAUGCGAUUACGAUCUUAUAAUUUUGAAGACCUUCAUGAUAGUAAUGUAUUACAAGAGGACCACCCAAUAAUGUCUUUUAGUGUCUCUGAUGAUGGCAGAAGAUGUCUGCUAAAUGUCGCAUCUCAGGGACUACAUUUAUGGAACAUCAAAGACAGAGUUUUGGAGCGUAAAUAUCAAGGUGUCACACAAGGUUUCUAUACAAUACACUCUUGCUUUGGCGGUGUCAACCAGGAUUUCUUAGCUAGUGGGAGUGAAGACCACCAAGUGUAUAUAUGGCAUGUGAAAAAUGAGCGGCCUAUCGCCGUGUUAUGUGGGCACACUCGGACAGUCAACUGUGUCACGUGGAAUCCCCUGGUACCAAGUAUGAUGGCGUCUGCUAGUGAUGACGGCACUGUCAGGAUAUGGGGGCCAUCCACAGAAGAACAACAGAGCACGGCUGUAUAGGACAUUCUUUUAGUGUAAAUAAUAGUUCAAUUAUUAUUAUUAUUAAUUAUUAUUAUUAUAAGAUCACAUUUUUGUAUGAUAAUAUGCUCGCGUCAUUUUAACAAAAAAAAGCUUCACGCGAAUAUGCGUAAUCGCAACAUAGACGAGUUGAUCCCGAGGUGAAACAAAUAAAGGAGAUUGCUGCAUCCCAGGCUGAGAUCAUGUGCCACAAAAUAGACUUGAGCCAUGAACACUUACAGAAAAUAUCCAUAUCCGUCCUCGACCAGAGAAUUGGCUUAACACAUUCCGGAAUUUCCGCCCUGGAAGUUCACCGAAUUAUUAAGUGUUUGUAUAGAACACGGUGAUGCUCAGGUACUCUAGCCACGUGUAAGUCACGUGGUCAGUCACGUGCUGCUAUAAUCACAUCUGGUUCAUUGUUCCAUAGUCGCUUUUUGCUCAUUUCGUACUCAAUGAUUGGUGGCGAUUUAGUUUGGGAGUGUAGUUAAGUACAGGAAUGGAAUGUUGGAUUUCUGGAAUAAAGUUCAAACAUACUGCA